AUGGGAGCACCUCAGGAAGCCAUAACAGAAGAUGAGAUUGUUGGAAUGGAGCUUCCAACUACAAAGACAAAUUCUAAGAAUGCAUUCACAGAAUUAAUGUCGAAGAAACCUAUUAAUCCUGAAAAGUCUCCUGGGAAAUCCGACAAGCAUUCAAACUCUGACAAGUCAAAAGCAAAAAUGUCCUACGACAGAAGGGACGGCCUGGGAGUAUACACUGCCGACCCCUAUGCUUACGACAGAGUUUUGUUCAACAACGAGAAUGCGGUCAUCAUUCAGGAUAUGUUUCCCAAGUCAUCCGUCCAUCUGUUGGUUCUUCCGAAAUCCAAACGCAAUGUUUUGCAUCCAUUCAAGGCGUUCGAAGAUCCAGAGCUCCUUGCCGAUAUCAAAGUCGAAGUGGAAAGGGCCAAACAGAUGGUUGCAAGCGAACUGCGACGGAAGUACGGACAGUUCUCCAAAUCAGAACAAGCACGAAUCCAAGCAAGAGACGCGGAUGACCCACCGAAUGUCCUUCCGGCAGGGCGUGAUUGGAUGAAGGAGAUCAUCACUGGUAUUCAUGCGGUGCCUUCGAUGAACCAUCUCCACGUCCACGUCAUGUCGAAAGAUAUGGUGAAUGACUGUCUGACAAGGAGCGCGCAUUACAACAGCUUUCAGACCUCUUUCUUGGUACCGUUGGAGGAAUUCCCUUUGCCAGAAGAUGAUCCUGUACGCCAGAUUGGAUACGGCCCUUGGCAUACUGUCGACCUUGUUUGUUGGCGAUGCAAGAAGAAUUUCAGCAACAAGGUCACCAAGUUGAAGGCGCAUCUGGCAGAAGAGCAUGAUCAGUGGAAGAGAGAAUAA